GGAGACAGUACUAGGAGAUAGGUACUCACGCACGACCGAAGUGAUCUUUCAGGUAGAACAACCUCUUUUCGAAAAAUUGUUGCAAAGCGGGUAUGGAGAGUGUGAGUUGAGUCAGUGGUGGAUAUUUAUUGACCUUUCAGACAGUGCAUUGAUCCUCUGUUUGAUCGAAGACAUUAAGAUUGAAAAGAGAAAGUCCGUUGUUGUGGAGCAGACACGCCCUCCAUAUAUUUAUCUGAGUGACUAUAUAAAGUGGGUGAAUGAGAUUAGCUCGUGUUGGAAAGGAAAGAAUGUCUCCCAUGAUGCCAGUAACAGACCAGACGGCGGCUCGCACGACGAGCAGUGUCCUCCAAGCUGACGCGUGUAUGCCACGCUCCCCCGUCGCAGCGACAGCAGUCUCCGUUGUACUACUAACAUAUGUAGUAGUAGUCAUAGUUGUAGUGGCGGUGCUCUACGAUUUAAGCUGUAACACGAAGGAUUUCACUAACUUUCCACUAUUUUUAUUGCAGAUGGUAGGGCUCUAUCGUCUUGAAAUUAUCCGAUGCACGGUAUCAAGAGUUAGGGACAGUGCAAAACCAAUUGACACCAGGUCGACACGGACAUUCCGUGUGGCUCUGCUAGUGGCACGGCAGGUAAGAAAGACGCAAGAGCCUUGUGCCAGGACCUUGAAGCGAUGCGAAGUCGAAUUCGCUCGCUGCACGACCAGUAUAGCGAUUCGCUCAGUUCCGCAGGACGGACGCUUGACCAGAUUGAGGAGCAAAAGGAAAAGGCAGUCCGUGUAAAUCAUGGUCAGAAAGUAACUCAUAACGCUCCUAGUGCGGCUACGGGGACGACGGCGAUCAGUGGAAACUCAUCUGGUAGUUUGCAGGAAAAGCAAAUAGAUGAUGCACUUUCUGUAGGAAAAAGUGUUUUCAGCGCUCUACCAUCUGCUGAUGCUGCAGGCGGUGGAGGCGGACAUAUGGAGAACAGGAGACGAAGGGAUACUGCAAAAGGUGUGGAAAGCACUGGAGGGAACUUUUCCAAUGGACUAGCGAGCUCGAUGGCACUAUCUUCUAGCAGUAGUUCCGAAUCACAACUUCGUGUUGGACAGUCGCCAUCUUCAUCGUCCUCGGGACCUGCUGGUGGGAAUCAGAAAAUAUAUCCAGUACCAGUCUUCACUAGUAGUACUACUACUGCUACUAGUAGUUGUUUUCUACAACGAGGAGGACACAACUCCUGUCCAAGUCGAGAGCAAGGAAGUCGCAUUGCUGUGGAGUCACUGCUUCAAUUUUUGGACCAGGUGGAUGCAGAGAACCAAGAGCAUUUAGCUGACCUGGAUCGCAGGUCUGAAGAAGAGGAAUUGUUUCGCACGAGUACAACAUCAUCGACUUCGACGAACUUGAAAACAAAGGACGGUGAUGGUACCAAGAAUGGACCAAACACGAGCACGACGUCCUCAUCUUCAGGGGUAAGAGCAGCGGCGAACCUCAAUAGACCUCAAACUACAGCAGGUCUGGUGAGGGAUAAGAUAGCACUCUUGGAAAUGGAGAUGGAUGAUAAGCGAAAAACGAUAAAGACUCUCCGUUUGGCCUUGGAGAAGCAGAAGGCCGACAUGCAGGAACGCGAGGCCGAGUGGCGUCGGGAAACUGAGGGUCAACUAGCGGCACAGAAAAAGGAAACAGAAAACCACUUGGAACGGCAGUUAGCUUUGUGCGACCGUUUGCUAAAGGAGAAAACGGACCUAACGAAACGUGUAUCCUCACUAGCAGAAGAAUUGCGCACAGCAGAACGUAAAUUCGCGAAAAAAAUGGAGGAAGCUGAGGAGGGUACUCUACGGAUUUUUUCAAGUACUUCUACUAACUUGGUAAUGCAUGAAAUUAUACAUGCAUUUUCAAGGAGGAGAGGGUCCUUCUCGCCUUGCACCUUUUAUUUGCAGUGAAAAAUCUAACCAAUCCAUGAUCAUGACCUCCACCCAUCACUCGUCCAUUUACGACAACUAUUGCUUUUUCAUUUAUCUUCGUUCUUGGUGACCUCUUUCAGCUCACGCAAAGGACGUUGCACGACAGAAGCAGAACUGGACCACGCAGGAGCGGCUUCGAAGAGAGGCUUGGGAGAAGGAAAAAACCCGUGAGAUCAAAGAAGUAACGAUAAAAGGACUCGAGCCCGAGGUAGAGCGGAUUCUCAAUGGCCAUCGAACGGAGAAAAAACGACUGGAAGACCGUUUUUUACAAGAAAAGGAGGAGCAGAAGGCGGAUAUAGAACAAAGGUAAGGACAGGCUUUGAUCUUGCUUUGCUCUUUCUUCUACCUUGACAUGAUCAGUUCAAUUGUCAUGUUUGCAGUUCUACUGCGUACUAACAAGCUUACAAGGUGAAGGUUCUUGAGCAUGAAUUUAAGGCAUCGACUGCGGCAGGAGCAAGCCAGCAAAUCGAUGUCAUUGCUUUGCACAAUUAUUUUUCAGGCACGAGCGCCGCAUCGCUGAGUUGAAGGAGGCGCAACGUCGCGAGAUCGAGCGCGCGCUCGCGGGAAAGCAGGACGAACUCGAGGAAAAGCUUGGGGAACACGCAGGGCGGGCCGAGAAGCAAUUGAUACUCGAGCGAAAACAGCGCCAGGAGGAGCUUCGACGCCUGCGCGAGGAGGCAGACAGCGAGCGUGUGGAGCGUCAAGCCGCUUGGGAUCGCGAAAUGCAAGCUGUGAAGGAGCAGCGAAACGCCGAGUUGGAGGAGCGCGAGACCUACUGGCGCAGCGAGCAGACCCGGUGGCGAACAGAACGCGCCGCAGAGGAAACUCAGUUUUCUGAACGCGUUGCAGCGAAAGUGGCUGAGGCUGAGACUAGGGUGCGCGCGGAGAGCGGGGAAAAACUGAAGCUAGCAGAAGCAGCGAUGCGAGAAGAACUCAAAAAGAAGCAGUUAUGAUUUAUUGAGGUUUAUCGAUAAGAUCUACUCUCUGCUUGUACAACUUAUUCACCGUCAAGGCAUAGUCCUCAUCGGCUACAACUGUCACUGAAAUCGUCAACGUGAGGAGUCUUCCGCAGUUCUCCUUUUUGUAAUUGAUUCUGCUGUUGUGGUUGUCCACUUCUCGAUUCUAAGCUGACUCUGGGAGAUAGAGCAGUUGACGACGCGGCUAGGCAAGGAGCAGCUGGAGCUAGAGCGAAGCAUGGCGUCAAAACUGGACACUGAGAAAAAGGCUCUGUGGGAGCAGAUGACUGUCGAGACGCGUACUCUUUCAGCCCGUGUGCAAGAACUAGUCACGGAGAAGGCAAAGCUGGAAUCAGAAGCUGUCGAAGCGGAGAAGACGAAGCUAGGAAUUGCGGCUCAGCGAGAUACACUGAGCACAGAGCUGGUUGACGUAAAGAAUCGACUGAGCGCGACUCUGGAAAAAAGCGAGCUUCUAGCUGAUCAAGUCGCAGAGGACAAAGAGGUCAUGAAAAAGGAAAUGGCGAAAGUUAUGAUAGUACAACGACACUGUUUAUUUUCCAAAUUGUUGACCCACGACCCAGCGUGAAGGGAUUGUUGUAACACUCAAAAAGGUCCUAUGAAGAUAUUGUUGUAAUCUAGUGCAAGUACUCAAAGAAAAGCACUAAGUUUUUCGCUUCAUCAAUAAAGCAUAUUGUUGUACUAACACCACAACAACAACUUUUAUCAGAGCGAAGUCCUCGAGUGUACAUGCGGAGGUCGUUAUUGCUAGGUACAUAAGUAGCUGCUUGCUGUAUGAGAAUACAUUUGUUUCAGUAGUUAGUUUCUAGUUCUCUACCUCAAGGUCCAGAGGAAUCCAAUCAAUCCAAAAACAUAUUUAUCAGUUCUCUGCUCUAACAACUUUGCCGGCGACCUCCAUAGUACCAAGCAGGAGCUUGCAGCGGCCAGAGCGAGCGCGGCGGCAGCGAACGCGGAAAUGGAUCGCUUGUUGCAAGAGAGCGCUGAAAGAGAAGCCCAAAGCGCGAAGUUACUCGAAGAUCGUGUCCGAACAACGCUCGCGAAGAAAGAAAGCGCAAUAGAAGAUCUGCGCCAACGCUUGGCUUCGAAAGAAAAUCAAGUAAAAGAGUGCGAAUUCAUGCUGCACAAGCAACGGGAAGAGCUGCUAGGUGGAAUCGCGACUUAAUUUAUGCUUCUGCACAAGCACAAGCAACGGGAAGAGCUGCUAGGGGAGAUUCCUGCGUGAAGCUGAUGCUAAAGAUGCCAGUGGUAAAUGUCAGGAUCGAUAAACAUAACAAUGGUGUUGAGUAAAUAUUUUCACACUUUAAUUGUCGCUCGAUGAAUUGAUGUUCUUGUAAGCCAGAUUAACUACACACUUGUACUUAAAUUGUUUUCGAUUUGUUUUGAAUUUGAACUUGACGCUAGAUGCUCAAGAAUCCAUCGCGCAGAACAAUAUUUAUUGUCGAACUAGAAUAACAGCAUCAUCAUAUUUAAUUGUGGAUUUAAAACUGAUUGCUGUAGUGCUGGAAAAUUGAUGACGAGCUCUUCGCAGUAUUCUCGUCUCUCUCGCAACAAGUUUCACCACACUGAUUUGGCUCGAAGAGCUAAUAAUUGUUUGCCGGACCCAGCAGUGUGUUGAGAGAAUUGGAUGUCGCCUACUAAACAAGUUAAAGUUGAUCCCACGCACGUGCUCGAUAGGGGACUAUCGGAUGGCUCCUUUGUUCGAGGCACAUAAAGAAGUCUGUCCUUGCCAAACACGAUCGACUCCUCGUCGUAAUUAGCUCUGUUGAUCAUGAUUCCAAACCUUAUAACAAACGGCUUUUGUAGCUAGACCUAGACAAGAUGGUACUACUUGAUCGCGGUCGUGACAAACAAAAAGUAGAUCCUCAGGAAGGUAGAUCGAUUAUAGAGAGCAUUGUGCAACCUGUGAUCGUCAUCAGAGUAGAAAUCUACACAACACAAACAAACGCCGGAACAAACGAAUGAC